UAGCUUCGAGCUAUAAAAACGAACAGUCUUGGCUUCUCAGCUACUACUAAUUCGUUUUCUUCCUCCCGAGUCUUGACUCCACUAAGAAGCGUUGUUAGCCUUCUUCUCUUAUACCACUCAUCUACCCCUCUCUCUCUAUAUAUAUAUAGCUUCCGGAGGCGAUUGGAUCAGCAUAUGCUGUGAUAGGAUUGAAUAUCUAUGGAGUGCCACUAAGAUUGAGCUCAACUGCGCCAACUUGGUGGAGCAAUGAUGAAGUUUUUUUCUACUUUGACUCUUAAUGCUCGGAGACCACAUGCAAUAAUAUGGUUUUGGUUUUCACUGCUACUCUUGCUACUGUAUAAUAGAGGAGUACUCACAGCUUCCAAUUACUUAAUUGGGCUUGGAAGCUAUGACAUUACAGGACCUGCGGCUGAUGUCAACAUGAUGGGAUAUGCUAACACAGAUCAGACAGCUUCUGGCGUUCAUUUCCGGUUGCGAGCUCGGUCCUUUAUUGUGGCAGAGCCGCAGGGGAACCGUGUAGUAUUUGUGAAUCUUGAUGCUUGCAUGGCCUCACAACUUGUGACAAUUAAAGUGCUUGAGAGGUUGAAGGCAAGAUAUGGGAACCUAUAUACUGAAAAGAAUGUUGCUAUAAGUGGUAUUCACACCCAUGCUGGUCCUGGGGGAUAUCUACAAUAUGUUGUUUAUAUUGUUACAUCUCUUGGAUUUGUCCGCCAAUCAUUUGAUGCCAUUGUUGAUGGCAUUGAGCAAAGUAUCAUACAAGCUCAUGAUAAUCUCCGUCCGGGAUCAAUUUUUGUGAAUACUGGAGAACUUUUAGAUGCUGGUAUAAAUCGAAGUCCCAGUGCUUAUCUCAAUAAUCCUGCAGCUGAACGCAGUAAAUUCAAGUAUGAUGUUGAUAAGGAGAUGACCCUUCUGAAGUUUGUGGAUGAUGAAUGGGGUCCAGUGGGUAGCUUCAACUGGUUUGCAACUCAUGGAACUUCUAUGAGUCGUACAAACUCAUUGAUUAGUGGGGACAAUAAAGGAGCUGCUGCACGGUUUAUGGAAGACUGGUUUGAUCAUAAUGGUAUUGAAAGCACAUCAGAUAAAUCUGAAGCCAAUGAUAUCCCGCGAAGAGUCUCAACCAUAAUUCCGAGUGUUCAUGAAAAUUACCACGUGUUACUAGAGCUUGCUGCUUCUUUUCAAUCUUCUUCCGGGAAACCAGCUACUAGGCUUUUGAGCGUUGCAAGACGUGUCAGGAAUGCUCUCCGAUUGGCUGAUAAGCCUAGAUUUGUAUCUGCAUUUUGUCAAUCAAACUGCGGUGACGUUAGCCCAAAUGUGCUUGGUGCAUUCUGCAUAGAUACUGGGCUAUCAUGCGACUUUAAUCACAGUACUUGCGGUGGAAAGAAUGAGUUGUGCUAUGGUCGGGGACCAGGUUACCCGGAUGAAUUUGAGAGUACUCGUAUCAUUGGAGAAAGGCAAUUCAGAAAGGCUGUGGAUCUUUUCACUAAAGCGUCUGAGCAGUUGAAAGGGAAGAUUGACUAUCGUCACACUUAUUUGAAUUUCUCCAAUCUUGAGGUGCAAGGAAAAGGUAAAACAUGUCCUGCUGCAAUGGGUUUUGCAUUUGCCGCAGGUACAACUGAUGGACCUGGAGCUUUUGAUUUUAAGCAAGGCGACGACCAGGGGAAUGCAUUUUGGAGGUUGGUUGGCAGCUUACUCAAAGCACCUAACAAGGAGCAAAUUGAUUGUCAACGUCCAAAGCCUAUUUUGCUUGAUACUGGUGAAAUGAAGGAGCCGUAUGAUUGGGCGCCUUCAAUACUCCCCAUUCAAAUUCUCCGGGUAGGGCAGCUAGUUAUUCUCAGUGUACCUGGAGAAUUUACAACAAUGGCUGGGAGGCGUCUCCGAGAUGCUGUGAAGAUGGCUCUCACGAGCGGAGGACAUGGAGAAUUCAGUAGCAACACGCAUGUUGUAAUAGCUGGGUUGACUAACACGUAUUCACAAUACGUCACUACCUUUGAAGAGUACGAUAUGCAGAGAUACGAGGGUGCUUCCACUCUAUUUGGUCCACACACUCUCAGUGCCUACAUUCAGGAGUUCAAGAAACUUGCAACGGCUCUGAUCAGUGGCCAAUCUGUCGGACCAGGCCCACAACCCCCAGAUCUUCUUGACAAGCAAAUAAGCUUGCUAACUCCAGUUGUUAUGGACACGACCCCUCCGGGUAUAAAAUUUGGGGACGUCAGCACUGAUGUCCCCAGUAAUUCCACUUUCAAGAGGGGUGACAUGGUGUCCGUCGUUUUCUGGUCAGCUUGCCCCAGAAACGACCUCAUGACUGAGGGUACAUUUGCUCUUGUGGAGAUUCUCCAAGGAAAGGACUCUUGGGUUCCAGCAUACGACGAUGAUGAUUUCUGCCUACGCUUUAAGUGGGCAAGACCUGCUAAACUCAGUGCUCGAAGUCAGGCUACCAUAGAAUGGAGGAUCCCAGAAUCCGCAACUCCAGGUGUAUAUAGAAUAAGGCAUUUUGGUGCCUCGAAGGCCCUUUUGUCGUCAAUUCGCCAUUUUACUGGUACUUCUAGAGCUUUUGUCGUGGCAUAACAAAGCUUGUGAUGUUUGUUGAUGUAUUUGCUUCCAGGGUUUUAUAAUGUAUUUCUUGUACUUCCACGAUUUGGCUAGUAGGGGUUCUAACUUGUGCUCAAUGUAUUGAAAUUUUGGAUUUAUAUGUUUAGGCUCAUACUGCCAACAGUUGGUGGUUAAAAUGAAUGACAGUUUAACUGUCGUGUAAUCGAACCAUAUCACACACUAGAUUAUCACAUGCUGUAAUAAAAAGUAGUUUUUUAGUUGAUUUA